AAUCGACCAUUUCAGUGCUUGAUAUUUAAUCACCCAGCCAUGGCCAACCGCGACUUGGCCAACUAUUUCAAGUGUCAUUGUGACUGAUUUCACAAGAAUUUGGGUUUACACCCAAAAUCGAUGAAUUUUGACUCAAAUUCUGAUAAUCUAACUCCAGACUGUUCAAUUUAGUGCUCAAUUGUGUGAAUGUGACUUCGCGAUAUACAAUUUUACAUUUCCCGAGUGAAAAUCCGCCAACAGGGCCGACAUAACCUCACUUUCGUAGAAUGAACGACUUGGACAAACAAUUGGCCGAAUUGGCCCUAAUCAACAAAGCCGAACUGCCUCCGAACCCCAAGAAAAUCGGGCCAGCUGUGCCUCCCAAGCCCAAAAAGACCCAACCUCAGAUACCUCAAUCAUACCCCCUUAAACAACCCCUCGAACCGUCUUACUCCUCCCGCCUCCAAACCUCCCAACUCUACUCGAACCUCCCGCCGCAAAACACCUACGCGAAUUUGCCACGCCCCCAAAUUAAAACGACCAAUCUAACGCCGAAACCGUACACUAAACCCGAUCACGUGACCUAUAGUAACAUUCAAGUGGGCCAAUCGCGCAACGCUGAUGGCUUGAUUUACAGUAAUUUGGUCCACCCACCACGGGAGGGGAACGUUUACAGUAAUGUAUCACAGGGGGCGUAUGCGAACGGAGAGGAUUUGCCACCGCCGCCCCCUCCGCUCGAUUUGACGGCUAAUUUGGGGGAGUACGCCCCUUGUACGAUUAAUACGAACUUGCCGCCCCCACCGGAGGAUUUACUACCGCCGCCAAGCCCGGUCAGUUCGAGCUAUAGCGAGUUGAGGAGGGCCACGCAACCGGGGGCUCAGGAGUUUAAUUACAGUCUUGGAUCACAGUACGCUGAUUCUGAUUCUUUGUAUGGAUAUGGGGCUAUGUCUCAGUCUUCAUCGACCUACGAGUCCAUUUACGAGCCCAUUAACCCACGGCCCCCAAGUCAAAUGUCCUCCAGGUCUAAUUAUUCCCUUUACGCCCCCUACGUGAGUGGUAAUAGCAGCACCAUGACGGGCCCCAGCCAAUCGGCAAGUCGUAUGGAAGUCAACAAGUUGCAAGAAGUUGACAGUUUGACUGACCUUCUGGUCCAAGGAAUGGACAACGAACAAGACCAAGACGUCUACGGGGUUUGCGUGAAAUGUGGCGAAAAAAUCAUAGGCGAAAAUAGCGGCUGUACAGCAAUGGACCAACUCUACCACACCAAAUGCUUUACCUGCCACCACUGCGCUAUUAACCUGCAGGGGAAGCCCUUUUACGCCCUCGACGGCAAGCCCUACUGCGAGGAGGAUUAUCUGAACACGCUGGAGAAGUGCUGCGUGUGCCAGAAGCCCAUCCUGGACCGCAUCCUGCGCGCCACCGGCAAGCCCUACCACCCCAAAUGCUUCUGUUGUGUCGUUUGUGGCAAAAGCCUUGACGGUAUUCCGUUCACGGUUGACGCCACAAAUCGCGUCCAUUGCAUCGAAGACUUCCAUAAGAUUUUCGCCCCCCGAUGCUGGGUGUGCAAACAACCGAUCAUGCCAGAGCCUGGUGAGGAGGAAACUGUUCGUGUGGUAGCGCUCGACCACAGUUUUCACAUCCAGUGCUACAAAUGCGAGGAUUGUGGGUUGGUGUUGUCGUCCGAGGCGGAAGGCCGAGGGUGUUAUCCACUCGACGAUCAUGUUUUAUGCAAAAGUUGCAACGCGAAGCGCGUCCAAACUUUGACGAAUCAUAUGACGACGGAGUUGUAAGUAGGUGAGUGUUUUUAGUCGCGUAGAUUUGCCAUAUUGUUGUGAUUAUCGAGUGAUAGAUGGAAAAAAUGAAGUAUUGAUUUGUUAGGCUUGAUGCUUGUAUUUUAUAUCGAGAUAUUUUAAAAAAGGGCACUUGUAUUUGCUUAUCAUUCCGGUUUAGUUUAGAUUUUUAUCUUUUAUAUGUGAUUUUUUAACGUGCCAAUGGGUUAAUAAAGUGUGACUGCGA